GGGGAAGAAGUGAAAAAUGGCUUGAGCGUUUAAAGUUUGAGGGGUGGCUUGGCUGGGCUAAAGAAAGUUCAACAACGCAUACAUCUGUCACUCUUCCUUUAAAACAUCGAUCACAAGCAAACAUGUCAUCAUUAUGGAUCAUCAACAAAGCUGGGGGACUGAUCUUUCAAUCAGACAAAUUCGUAGGAACACAAAAGCUAACUUCAAAUGAAGCGUUAAUCUUAGCUGGAACCUUACACGGAGUACAUGCAAUCACAACAAGAUUGAAUCCCGUUCAAAAUACAUUCAAUGCUGGUUUGGAAACUUUGGAAGCUGACAAUUUCAAAAUGACAGUCUUGCUCACUCCGACAGGAAUCAAAUUUGUCUUGAUCUCUUCACCUUGGCAUCCAAAUCCACAAGCAGCUUUGCAACGUGCAUAUGAAUGUUAUGCGGAUCAAGUGAUGAAGAAUCCAUUUUAUACACCAGAGAUGCCUAUUCGUGUGGAAGGUUUCGAUCGGGCAAUCGAAAAGAUUGUCACAUCGGUCUGAGAAAGGAAGGCAGCCGAGGGUAAACUGCCCCAGAAACGGGGCGGUGGUUCGUGCAUGAGAUCAAGUACGGAUCAAAGUCAGCCUCAAUCGGUUCCAAUCGGUUCCGUUCGGACUUUUUACUGAACGAUCUUGAAGUGAGAGACAAAGGGAACGGACAAAUGAGAAUUUGAUAUUCCUUUGGCAGAGAUGUGAUAUUGAUUUCUAACUC